GGGUAUAUCUCCAUGAAUAACUUAAAUGACCCUCCACAUUGGAAUAUCCAGCCUAAUUCGAGGGCAGAGGGUGGUGAUGGAAGCAGAUGGAAUUAUGCUCUUCUGGUUCCCAUGCUGGGAUUAGCUGCUUUUCGUUGGAUUUGGUCUAGAGAGUCUCAGAAAGAAAUAGAAAAGGAAAGACAAGCAUAUUACCAGAAAACAGUUGCUUUCCAGCAGGAUCUUGAAGCUAAAUACCAUGAUAUUAUCUCAGAAAACCGUAGUGCAGUGGCUCAUUUGUCUUUGGAGCUUGAAAAGGAACAUAAUAGAACAACUAGCUAUCGUGAAGCCCUCAUUUCUCAGAGUCGAAAAUUAGUAGGGAAACUUCUGGAACAAGAACGGGCACAGGUAAUGCAAGAAAAGCAGCAGCUACAACCCUUGAAAAGUGUAUAUCAAUACUACUUAGACAAGGAAGAAAAUUGGCAUAAAAAGGCUACCCAUUUGCUGAGAGAAUUUGAAGAAGCACUUAUAGAACAACAGAAUAUCUACUGUAGUCUGGUUCUUCCUCGAACCCGGCGCCUGGAAAUCGAGAAAAGGUUGUUGGUUCAAGCAUCCAUCGAUCCAGUUGCUUCUGACCUAGAGAUGGUAUCUGGUUUAACAGAUAUAUUUAAGCAUGACACAUAUUGUGGGGAUAUGUGGAAUUCCAACAAACGCCAAAAUGGAAGACUCAUGUGGCUCUAUCUCAAAUACUGGGAAUUAAUUGUUGAAUUGAAAAAGUUUCAGAAAGUGGAGAAAUCCAUAUUAGAAAAUUAAGAGAA